AUGGACAAGUCGAUCCAAGCCCUUUCAUACGAUCACUGCUCCCUCAUCCAUGGUGCAGACAUUCCCUGCUUUAAGUUGAUUGGAAAAAUCUCUGAAUGCCAAUCUUUAUUUUUCAAGUCCGAUGAGGUCGAGGUCGCUGCCUCUCCUCACGAAGCUGCUCUGGUCUACGUGUCUACUCCGAGCCUUCAACUUCACAAUCCUCACUCAGAGAUGGACCGCAAGGUCGUAUCUCUUUCCCGACUCAACAAGGCCUGUGAUCGUUGCAGAAAGUCCAAACUCAAGUGUGACUGGAACAAACCUUGCUCGCGUUGCGUGCAAGAUCGAGUUCCCAACUCUUGCAAGUCUUCCGCGCGCAAGAGCAGAAGCUUGUCCGACGGAGUCUGUGCCAGCAUCGCGUGUGAGCCCUGUAGAUCUGCAAAAGUUCGAUGCGAUGCCACUCGACCCUGCAUGCGAUGCUGCAGGCUGGGGAGACAAGCAGAGUGUGUGGAUCAUCUCAAGGCAGUGACUGAGAGACCGCUCCCCUUCCUGCAUGGCAAACUGAUCUUCCAGGAUGAGAUGGAGGAAUUGUUUCAGGUUGACUUCGGGCGGUUGGGUUGGGCAUAUGGUCCCAUCAGACGCUGCUGGGAGUGGGGGCACGACCCUGUUGCGAUGUUGAAGAUUUUCCAAGAUCUUCCCCCCUACUUCCAGAACAUCCUUAGGGUAGGCAUGACUGCGAUAGGGAUCCUUGACAGCCACAAGCGAAGCAAGUCGAACAGUCAAGCUGACGGUCUGCUCCUUGGCAAGCACAACAUACAAGACGAUGUUGCCGACUCCAUCCCAGAUUGCCAAGAUCAACUUUGGGAGCUCAAUCAUGAGGUGUCCUUCAUGAAGCUCAGAUGGCGCAACAAGCAGAAGGAGAGGGCGAGCGUUCAGAUCAACAACUCCGUUUGCCGUGUGUUCGGCAUCCAUAAGGAAGAACUGAUUGCUCGUCUCGCUCGACAUGAAGUUCCGCUCUUGACCAGCGAGUUUGAGUGGCUGUGUCGAAUCCUGGACCUCAUGUUCUUUUCCAACUCCUCGCACGCCGGAAAGCCCAUGAUCCGAUACGAACGCUUCCUCUUGAAGUUUGGCAAGGAAGUCAAGGGAGCCCUUGGCUGUAUCACCAAUACUUGGGAACACGACUGGACGGGAGCGGUGGAGGCAGCGUGCUUCUAUGUGCGACCGAUUUCUGUCGAGGAGUUCGACUCUCAUCGAUGCAAUAGUUCACUCUCGCGGCCAGUGACAGGCUUCUGUCGAGGAGACCUCUCGGGGCGAGAGCUGCUUGAAACUGCUUGCGAUGAUGUGGAGGUGAGGAUUAGGGGGGAGGAGGCAGAGACUAACGCGGCUCAGAGGUACAAGAUCUCCGCUAUGAAACUCACGCUCGAGGGAAGGGAGGCUCUGUGGCGCCUCGCAGACCUGACGCAGAAGAAGCUAGCUCCCAUUGUAAGUCAGGCUGAGCAACUCAAGCGAUUGUCCGGCUCGCAUGACCUCCUGUAA